UGUAUUUUAUCAGGGUGUAACUGGUAAUCAAGCUGAGGAAUGCUAUGAAUGCAAGGAAUUAAAAAAAAUAGAAUGUCAAUUAAUGGAAUGAUGGAAGUUAUGGAAUGAAAUAAAUGGAAUGGAUAAUUGCAGAGAAAUAUUUUUGUAACACAAAUGGUAACUUUUUAAAGGAAUUGAAUGGAAUGAAAUGAAAAUAACUUUUAAUUUAAAUUAAAUAAUGUUAAAAAGAAACACAAAUAUUUAUUUAAACCUUGCCUAAAACUAAACAUCUUUAUUGCCAAAACAAAUAUUCAUGAUCGCAUGAAGAAAUAAUAGAAAAGUAACUUUGGAGGAAGUGUCAUCUGCAAUAACUAAAGCUUUGAAUAACUAACAUAAUAGCAAUAGUAAUCCUUUUUUUAUAAAACCUUAACAAGAAUAUUGAUCACUAAAGCACAGAUUCUACACAACUUCGAUAUGUAGCAAACAAAACGUACUAGACUAUAUACAACGUAACGAUCAAACGGUAAAAUUUAAGCUUUUUUCUCAGAAAAAAACAGUAUAGCAAUUAUGAAAGGAAAUAAGACUUAUCAGGAGAAAGCAAAUUUUGAUCGGUGGGUUUAAUUACGUAUUAAUGUUUAAAUAAGAAGAAGAUGUUGCUAUUAUUUAGUUAGUAACAAACCUUAAAAAUCUUAACAAAUCUACUAUAGACUAUGAUAAAUAACAAGAAAAAUAUUUAAACUUAAUUAAACUUUUAUUUUUGAUUUAAUUUGAUUCCAUUCCAGUCAUUCACGUUCUUUUUUUAUCAUGAAAGGAUUAUAACUAGAUUCCAUUUUGUUCCACCUAUUCCACAGGAAUUAAUGGAAUGACAACUGUUUUUAAUUCCACUUAAAUGGUGUAUUUUUUUUGGAAUCUCUUGGAAUAAGCUAUUCCAAACAGUUUUAUUCCAAAAAAUAGUAAUCCAGUUACACCCAAAAUAUUUUUGGAAUUGGUGGAAAGACUAUUCCAUUCAUAUCAAAUGGUAAAUUUUUUUUUAAAAUCAAUGGAAUCCACAAUUCGACAUCAUUCCAUUCUAAAAUAUUGUAAUCUAGUUACACUCAAUUUACACGAGAAUAAAUAUAUCUGCGUGCUCGAGUUUUUUUCCACAGGAGGUGCGUACGGAUAUUAUGGGUUUCCAAUAAAAACAUAACGAAAAAACAACAAAACGAUCUCUAAGUUUACAAAGACAUUGUAACUCCGAUCUGAAAUUAUGUAUGGUGAGCUGAUAAACUUUUCCAUAAUUCUUUUUCUCUCUGCAUUUUUUUUGUCAGCUUUCUCCCUGCUUUUUAAAUUGUGAAAUCCCUAUAUAAUGUGGGUUUUUUGUGUUUUAAAAAAAAAGGUUUUGAAAGUGUAUACUGUUAAGAAAAAAGAGAAAUUAAGUGAUAAGAAAUUAAGAAAUUAAUGGGUGAGCGUGGUAAGAGCCGACAAGAAGGACAGGCAGAGCCGUCUAUUGCCAACAACUCCGCUCUGAUAAAAGCCUGUUCUACUUCUUCUCCAGCUUCCUUUUUUUCUUUCAGAUUUUAAUUUAUUUUCAUUUCAGUAUUUGUUUUAAUAGUCGGAUGCAUUUUUUCUGACUAAAGUAUAAUCCGAUACAUUACACAAGGCUAGCUGUACAUAUAAACAAUACAGUAUUACCGAUCGAGUAUUAAUACUAUUUAUUGGUUUUACCUGCAAUCACUAUCCUUCUGUGUCUUCGGUUAAUUUUUUUUUUAAUUAAAAUGAAUAAAAUAAUAAAUGUCAUGUUAUUAUUAUACACAAAUUAUGGCCUUCACUUACUAACAAAAUGUAAUUAUAGGGAAAAGAGUUGCCCUCUCCUCUAUAAAUACUUUGCAUGGCUCUCUCACUCUCCUCAUCAAAACUUGAGCAGAUCUCUUUAUUCUCUCUUAUUCGUUCUAGCUCGUAAGGUUUUUUCAAAAACAAAAAAAAUGCAAUAUCAGACAGAAUCGUGGGGAUCAUACAAGAUGAGCAACAUAGGGUUUGGCGGCGACGUGGGGCUUGCGGCGGACACAAGCCUGCUUCGCCUAGAGUCUCUGGUGGCCGAGAGCGCCGUGGUAAUAUUCAGCGUGAGCACGUGCUGCAUGUGCCAUGCCGUGAAGGGUCUCUUCAGGGGAAUGGGCGUCAGCCCCGCCGUUCACGAGCUCGACCUGCACCCCUACGGCGGCGACAUCCAGCGAGCACUCAUUCGUCUCCUCGGCUGCUCAGGCGCUUCUUCUCCAGGUGCUCUUCCGGUCGUCUUCAUAGGCGGUAAGCUGGUUGGGGCUAUGGACAGAGUCAUGGCUUCUCACAUCAACGGUUCUCUCGUUCCUCUCCUCAAAGACGCCGGCGCACUCUGGCUCUGAACCCUUCAUUGUCUGCUUUCUAAUUGCUUAUAAAGUUUUUUUUUUCUUUUUUUUUAAGAGAAUGGGGAAGAUUAGGGAAGAAACCAAAGCUAUAAUGACAGGCUAGGUUAUAAUAGUUUGUAAUUAGAGAGAGAGUUGUGCGUUUGU